AUGCUGGACCCGGUCUCAGCGAUCAGUUUGGCCGCGGCAAUAGUGCAGUUUGUCGAUUUCAGCGCCGAAGUCAUUCAAGGUGUACGAGAAGUCAAGGGUUCAAUCUCUGGUGCAACCGAGCGCAAUCGGAGCGUCGAAGUUGUCGUGAGCGACUUGAGGAAUCUGGUCCUGAAGCUCAGUGAAACGCACCAUUCGCGGCAAAGUGAGGAUGAGAAGGCUCUUGGUCGCGUUGCCGAUGAGUGCAAGAUUCUGGCAAAUCAAAUUCUCGACCUUCUCCAGAAGAUCAAGGCAAAGAACCCCAAAUCAACCCUCCAUGUCGUUUGGGCAGUACUGAAGAAUCAAAAAUAUAAGAGACAAAAGCUGGAACUCGAAGAGAGAUUGGAAAGUUGUCGGAACCACCUGGAAUUCCAAUUAAACUAUUUGACCAGUGCUAAGGUAAAGACCGGACUGGAUACACUGGUCAACUCUGCUGAAGGUCUGGCUGAAAAAUUCGAGUUUCUUCGAAAGCAUGUCGAGCAACUUCGCUGCGGAACCGGUGUUGCGUCCUUCAGCCCCGAGGCUCAAGAACAAAUCCGAAAGCUCGUGCAUCUUCCAGACGACGUACUCCUGGAAAUCAAACAGCAACGCGUUCUAAAAAGUCUCGCCUAUAGUGAAAUGGAGGCAAGGUUUAAAGAAGUCUCCCGAGAACACAGCAAAACCUUUGAAUGGAUCUUUGAAGACACUGCCCAAGGAAGCAGGGUAGACAACGACCACUCCAGCCGAGAGUCAUUUGUGGAUUGGUUGUCAUCCGGACGAGGGAUCUUUCACAUAUGCGGAAAACUGGGGUCUGGAAAAAGCACAUUGAUGAAGUUUUUGUGUAAUCACCCUCACACUGAAAGGGAAUUGCAACACUGGGCAGGCGACCGAAAGCUAAUAUUUGCCAAAUUUUUCUUCUGGAGGGGAGCCAAAUCCGUGGAACAGAAGUCUGUCUCCGGCCUCAUUCGGUCGCUGCUCUACGAGACGCUACGUGCCUGCCCCGAACUCAUCCCCCACGUGUUACCAGGCCUCUGGGCUCAGGCCGAGUCCUCGUCCUGGCAGGCGGACAUGAAGCUUGAUCUCGGAAAAUUGGAGGCCCGAGCAGCAGUCUCCAGCCUCAUCACGCUUCGGAACUUGUACAAGGAGCACUGUUUCUGCUUCUUCGUUGACGGUCUGGAUGAAUUCGAGAAGAGUCCUCAGGAUGGCUAUGGAGAUCUGAUCAGGCUGCUUGGCAGCUGGUCCGAGGCUGCACCGGAAGCCGUCAAGAUCUGCGUCUCAAGCAGAGAGGAUCUGGUUUUCAUGGAUGCGUUCUCUAGCGAAAGGAGAUUCCGCCUUCAAGAACUAACAAGGGAGGAUAUCCAACGUUACGUUCGGGAGACUUUGCCCAUAGCCGCUCACGAACAAACCGAAGGAUUAGUCGGAAAGAUAACCGAAAGGGCUGAUGGGAUCUUUCUUUGGGUGGCUUUGGUGACGAAGUCAAUUCGAGAUCAGUUGGAGGAAGGGUACGAGCUCACUGUUGUCGAAGAAGAGCUUGACCGGCUUCCGAACGAGCUGCAAAAGCUCUUUGAGCAUCUCCUCGAGACUAUCAGCCAAUCUCCCGGUCACAAGAUAGCUCACCAUACCUUUGCGAUGGUUCUGAAGCUUAGAUAUUACAGGCUCGACCUGAUGUUGCUGGCGUAUUCUUUUCUGGAACAUUACAAAAAGGACCCGAGCUUUGCUAUGGAUGCAUCAUUCCCGUUUUCGCACACAGACGACGUUGGCGAAAGAAGACGAGAAGAUCAUGCACGCAGAAGACUGUACCGAGACUGCAGACACCUUCUGGAAGUGAAGGCAGACGAGGAAGACGGGGGAACUAUCACCGUCACCCACCGCUCCAUCCUCGAAUUCCUCCAAAGUCAGGCUGUGAAGGGCGCGAUGAAGUGUGAUCUUGAUGGCUUCAGCACGGAAGAUGCAAUUUCCCAACUCUUCCUUGCGGCGUUGCGGUACAAAAGGGAAAGAUUUUCCGAUGAAUUUUUGAGUCGUGUCGUUUAUAAUAUCAUCCUUAUGCGAGACGAAAGUGGCAUUGAUCAAGAGCCAUAUCAUUUUUUGGAAGCUCUGAGUUCCGCGGCGAGUCCUGUCUCGAUUCAUGACCCUGGGACCUCUUUGAAGACACGAAACUUUGUGGAGGUAGGGAUUUGCCCUUCGCAAAACGUCAUUGUGUGUGUGGCGGGUGAAAGGUCAUCGAGUGAAGAAAUCCUCACAUCUCCUGUCUAUAUCUCGGCAUUUGUGGGAGCUUGCCAAUACGUCACCUGGAAGAUACAACGCGAUCCAACCAUUCUCGAAAAUAGGUCCGAAAUUGCUCUUAUUUUAUGCUGCAUCGAAUCCAGAUACGUACCACACCCUGAAGCCCUUCACAGAAGGGUGAGUAUUCUCGAACACCUUCUCACCCAGGGGCUCUCUCCUAACGUCAUCAUGCACAAUAGGAUUACGGGGACUGGCUCCUACCCUGAAGACCUGAGUUUCUGGCAGCAUUUCGUCCUGGACGUUGGACUGAGGCAGCUUCCGUCGGAUGAGACCAAAAAUGUGUUCGGCGAAGUAGUGGAGAGCUUUCUUGCCCAUGAUGCAGACCCUUACUUGUGGAUUUCGAAGACGUUUCAAAGUCUAGAUGACGGGACGAGUGACAUAGGUCUAAAAGCGAUUUUCGGAAGAGAGCGAUCCAGGACUUUCUCACUGGAGGGCAUCACGGAUGCCGGAUUCUGGUUUCCACCUUCGGCUGACACGGGCAAAGAGUUUUCGCUCCGAGACCUAAUAAAAUUCUGGGACUUCGAUAACCAGGAGGAGGUCCUGCAGUUACUGGAUACAAAUGUGCGGCGACGAGAACUGAUGGCGGUCGGGGAUAACGUGUUAAACGAUCAGCCACCCAGAGACCAAGAGGAAUGUGUGAUAGAAGCUCUGGACAUGGCUGAGCCUCAGGAGGAACCGCCAGUCACAUCAGCAUCAACCUUGAGAGACGCGGUCGCAGAGAAACCGGCGAUGAAGCCUUCGACCACGGGAGACCUCUGGUGGUGGCUCCAAUGGUCGGUGCGAAGUCAUGUCCUUCCAUUCGUGCUAGGCAUCCUUGUGGCCUGUGCUUUGCCUCGACUGUGGAGUCUGCUGACAACACAGUCGAGUAUGCGAGAAGAGGGAAGACGCGGGGGGAUCUCAGAGCUGUGA